CAAGCGUGAUACGUUAAGGUAGAGUUUCGGAACUUGAUUGAACAGCGAAAUUGACACUGUGAAUACUUCCUAUGAUAAACCGGAAGGACAAAGUUUUCUAGGAAAGCUAACAUUCUUCUUAUUUUAAAGAAGAUAACUGGUGAGUAAAAUAGUUACUUCUACAGAAAAGGCCGAUAAGACGUAAAUCACAUUUCGAAUUUAGUUAUCCCUUUCGAAGAAAAACUUUUCAUAAGCCGAACACCCAAAUCAUCGUAUUUACCUUAAUAAAACAAAGGAGAUCCUAAUGUGGGGAGCGUGGUGUAUUUUUAUCUUGUGCCAGCUCGUUUCACUACCAGUCAUCAGAUCAGAAGAAGCAUUUCAUUUAAGGGACCGACAUGAUAAUCUUAGGUACAGAGUCUUCAACGACAAAAACUUGGUUACUUCAGAAGAUAAAGCAGAGGAGGUUCUGGCGAGAUAUGGUUACUUGAAAUGUGACUCUAGGAGACAAAAGCGAAGCCUAUUUUCAGGUUUCCUGAAUGUAAUUCCAGAUGAAGGAGGAAGGACUAGCAUUUCCCGUACUUGCAGCAAAAUGGAAGUGGAGAAUGCCAUAAAAAACUACCAGAAAACGUACAAUAUGCCGCAAACUGGUCGUUUGGAUUCCGAUACUUUGCGCGUCAUGAGCGAAUCACGUUGUGGAAACUCUGAUGACGAAUCAUCUGCAGUUCCUUUUCAGCCAUUAUCUAAUGUCGGCCUAAAACACGACAAUUUCCAUGUAAGUCGUUCUAAACGGGAAACUUCAGAACCUUCAACAUCCUUACACGACUUUAUCAUGAGAGCUGGCAAAGAACCUACUUCGAAUUAUGGUUCUCUCCCAGGCACUACUCUCUCACGCAGACUUCAUUGGAUGGAAGAAUACGGCAAACAAAUUGAAAGUGGAGCUUUUGAUCAGAAACUGGAGAAGAUACACGACUACAUCCAGUCACGUCGAAGAAAGAAACGCUCUCUAGCCAUUGGUAUUCAAGGCCAUGCUUUUAGUUCGGAGCUGGUAACCUGGCGUCUAGUGGAGUCCGCUUACAGUAGUCAGCUUACAAUAAACACACAGAGGAAAGCCCUGGCUCUGGCUUUUCGAAUGUGGGGUGAGGUGAUCCCUUUGCUGUUUCAAGAAGACACUCGUUCUCGAGUUGACGACGUAGAUAUUUUGAUCGCAUUUGGGCGAGGAGAGCAUUUGAACUGCCCUAACCAUUUUGACGGAUUCGGAGGUCAACUAGCCCAUGCAGUGAAAUUAACCGGUAAUACAGAAAUCCAUGUGGAUGACGACGAGUAUCUAACUCUGGGUUCAGAGCACGGAAUCAACCUCAUUAAAGUAGUAGUCCACGAAGUGGGCCAUUCCCUGGGGAUGUUCCACAUAUCAAGAAAUUACUCCAUCAUGUAUGCCAUCUACUCACGAUUCAUCCCUAACAAUAACUUCGAACUCGGAUGGGAAGACCGUAAAAUGGUCCAGAAAAUGUAUGGGAUCUGUGAGGGUCGUUUCGAUACGGUUUUUGACUGGGUACGUCGACGUCCUGACGGUAAUAUCAUCUACAAUACUUACUUCUUCCGAUCCAAUCAAUAUUGGAUGUACGAAAAUCGUUUCAACCGCACGCGAUAUGGUGAUCCUCUGAACAUCAUACCAGAAUGGAAGGGUAUUCCGAACAAUGUUGAUGCUUUUGUCCAUGUUUGGACAUACACACAGGACAAUACAUAUUUCUUUAAAGGACGGCAUUAUUAUCUUUAUAACAGUGCUGAAGACAAAGUAGCUCCUGGGUACCCGAGAGAAAUUUCCAAAGAUUUCAGGGGGAUCCCUGGAUCGAGGUUUCCCAGCAUUCCUAGUAACAUUGAUGCUGUCUUCUUUGAUCAAAGAGAUUCAAACUUAUAUUUUUUCAAGGGAAAGUAUGUAUAUGCUUAUGACACAGAGCGAGGAAAUGAAGGUUGUUGUCUACCUGGUUAUCCUCGUGAGAUUAAACUGGAAUUCCCAUCAGCGUCGCCGAAAUCAAAGCUUCCGUCCAAUCUGGACGCCAUUUAUUACUCUUACUUUAAUAGAGCCAUGUACUUCUUCAAAGGCAAGUUAUUCUGGGAAAACAAGGCUUUUAAUCCACUCGACAGGAAACGGAAAAACGAAAUAGUUGGACCAUGGCCUAUUUCUUCGAAGUGGUAUGACAUUUGUGAAGUAGAGCUGUAACGUUUGAUAAACAGUGGUUUUGAGUUAUUUUUUAUCUCUUAGUGCGCUUCGGAUUCUUUAGCGACUCAUCAAUACCGUUUCAAAAGGACAACGUUAACACCUCCCUUGAAUUUUUAAUACCAAUAUUAAUAUAAAGUUCAUAAUUUACAUAAGCAAAAGCCAACACUAUUAAUUCUCUAAAAGCAGCGUUUUAUAUUUUGAAAUAUAACAAUAUGCCAAACUAAUAUAAAAGUAUUACUUGUUUUCUAUAUCUGGGUGUAACAAUUUAAGACAGAAAUCUCUUUAAGUAAUUUAAAAUAUUUGUAUGCCUAUGUUUACUUUUAAGAGAAUAAAAAUAUAUUGAACAUUUAAUAAGGAAAAUGACAAUAACUGGUUAUUAAAUACGUGGAUUAAUCACCUUUUUCACGAGGUCGUUUAAUAAAUAUAUUCAUGAAUUAAUAAGGUACUAAAAUAGAUACCAUACAUAACAAUAAUGAUCAUAAAUCAGUAAUUUUAAGACCUAGUGAUAUGACGAUUCAAAUUUGUGAUAAUGUUUUAUCAUUUGACCAUCAUUGUUGAAUUGCUCUAGUACAUUAUUUUCCUUAUGUUUAAGUUGUUUUUUCUUUUUUUAUUGGACUUUGCAUUAAUUACUUAAGCGUCAUUGUCUUUAGUCUUAGUUUAAUGUUAACAGAAAGACUAUAUUACAAGGCAGAACUUAAUCAUUUAUUCCUUCCAGUGUUGUUAAGGUAACACUGUUUGAUCCCCGAACGCUAAACAUAAUAAUCCAUCUUUCAACCUGGAGUCUCUAACGAGGAACUUUAGUUACUUAGAUCAUUUUUGUGGGUUGUUUUUAUAACUCUGAAAAUCAUUGUAUUCAUUAUUUUGAAUAUAGAACAAAGAAAUCGAUGGAAAAACUUCAUCAAAAUUUUAUUUCCCAAGAGUAACUAACAUAAUAUAUGACCGUUAUAUCCUGAUCACUAAAUACACAGACCAUACACACUUUGUACAUUUUUUAAAUCUUUUAGGGAUGUAAUCAAUAACAAAGAGAAAUAAGUGUGCAAAAAAAAAGUUCAUAGUAAGUUUAUUAAACUUCUUUAUUAACACAAACAGAAUUAAGUAAGUUAAUGAAAUUUGUAACUUGUGUGUUAUAAUAUAAGUGUGUGAAUAAUGUAUACCAGACGAAGACGUUUUAGUACGAAUGCCGGAUUAAAUUAACCUACCGCGGGACUCCUAAGCACAAAAAGAGAACGUUCGGCGAGGGGCCCCAAGAAUAUAUUGUCUAAAAUCAGGGAUGUUUAUCCUAUUAUCCUAUUGGCUAUCGAUAAAUGAUAAUGCAAGCUAUUUGCGAUAAUAUAAUCGAUAAGAAACCGAGAUUUCACGUCGUUUAGAUAUUUAUCGAGAGUUAUAUAUUUAAUAAUAUUCGAUAGUUGUUUUUGAGCGUUUAUUAUUUUUAAGAUAUAAGCAGAAUCUUUCACACAUCUAACUUAUAUUCAUCACUAUAGGCACAGUGCUAUAUGAUGAAAUUCAUGAUGUGCACGCCCUAAUAUGACGAUGAAAAUAUGAUCAAAUUGUGAACUUCAUUUGAUCCCCUACUGAAUGUACAUCAUACAUUUCAUCAUGAUGUUAAGAAUAGUUCAACUGUUACUUUCAAUGGUUCAAAAAGUUUAAUUCAAUUUAAUCGUUUAAUAUAUAGUCGUGAAAGCGCGGGGCCCUAGGACAUGGCCUCAUGUGUUAAUCCGGCCCUGAGUACGGUCCGAAAAAUUUUAUUAAAUAAUUUAAAAAUAAGUUCAAUUAUUAUUUUGUUAUAUACAUAUGUAUGAACUUAACAAAAUACUGGCAUAACUAAUACAAGGUCUCAUAUGGUGACGUAACUCUUACUUGAUGACAAUGGAACCCAUAUUCCUUGAGCAUAGUGAAGCACAUAGUUUGUGAUAACAGUAGAAUAUAUCUUUAUAUAUAUAUGUCACUUAAUAACAAUGAAACAUAUAUUCUCUGAACAUAAUGAAAUAAUCGUAAUAAAAAAGUUUAAUUUCACAAAGGAUCCAUAUAUGUUUGCUUCAUAUGUAUAUUUGCGACGAUACCAGAUACAACCUGGUUAAUUUAUUUAAUUUAAUAUUAGUUGAGUCAAUGUUCUUCUUUGUAUCUUAUGUCAGAAUAUCUUUACUAGACAACACAGCAACAUUUACGCUGUGGCUAUAUAACUUGCGUUAUUAAGUUAAUUUUUUACCUAGAUGAUUUUAUGUGAUCGUUUGUAAGUUAAUCUUGAAGACACGAAAACGCGUUUUAUUUAUCAUUGUAACUUUUAACUAGCCUUAUAAUAACAAAAAGUGCUGGUGGCUGUGGCGUCAAGCAUACAAUGUGGUUACAAAUUUGUUGAAGUAUUGUUUGUAACUUGAAAUUCAUAUUCGAAAUAAUAAUUCUUUGUUGUUUUUAAGGUAGCAUUCAUGUUACCAAAAUAUUUUGUAAAUGAGUCUGUAUAGGUUAUUGUGACGACGCUUGAAUGCAUGAUAAAACGAAUGGACUUUUAUAGUUUGUGUAAUUGGAGUUUAUUUUCCUUAAUUAUUUGAAAUAAAUGAAAAUAUGCAAUUAACUUAAAAAUAUGAAUCCUAAUACAAUAAUAUUGAUACUUUGAUGUUAUAUAACUUAAUGUUGUUAUUUUUAACUAAACGUCUUCCCUGACGUAAAACUAUUUUGCCUUGUCAGUUCUGUGGCCGCAGAGACAGAAAAGACUUAAAAACUACACUGAGUAUUUUCAUUCUCUUUCUUUUGCUGUAUAAUCUAAUUUAUCUUGGACUAAUACAUACAUGUAAAUAUUUUCUAAAAAUUAAAAGUAAAAUUUGCCACAUUUUAAUAAUAUGACAAGCUAUUAGCCAGUACUUCUUUUCCCAUGUUUUGCUUGACUUAUUUUGUUCUUUUUUAUCUCUAUGUCCUUUGGAUUCACUAUUUGUUAUUGCUAAUGAUGACAUUUGCUAAUAUCUAACUGUAGUGCCUUAUGAUUUUGAUAUCUUCUAUGAUGUAUAUUAUAGUUUUUACAUAGUUUUUAGUAAUUAUAAAUAGAAAUUUUCACAAUUAACUUGAUCAUCAUUGCAUUUGUUUAAGCUAGGUUGUACAUUGUUAACACAAGCCGAAAGGUUUUUAGAAGGUUUUACCACAAGUUGUUUUAAACUUCAACUAACUGGUUUUGGAUAUUUUCUGACUCUAUUUUUGUACAUUAGACUACUGAAUAAAUCUUAGCUUUUGUAGAAAUUAA